GUUGUUCUUUACAUCCGACGUCUAUAAUGAAUUACAAUUCAGGAAAGUAUGCAAUGCAACAGGAUCCUAUAGUAUGUCAGACUAUUUCAGGCAUCAUUUCGGCUUUAUUUUUGUGAUAAUUCCCUACAAUCUACCAUUUGGAAUUGGGAGCAUGGUAGUAAACUUCCUAUUCACAUUCAUGUGGAAUUACAUGGAUUUAUUCAUAGUCAUGGUGAGUUUGGGCUUAUCCUCAAGGUUUCAGCAAAUCAAUCAUCGAAUAGAGGCUUUGGCUGGAAGGGAGGUUUCGGAAGCCACAUGGAUGGAAAUACGACAUCAUUUUGUUUUAUUGUGUGAAUUACUGGAGGCCGUGGACGAAACAAUGUCCGGAAUAAUUUUGUUGUCCAGUAUCAACAAUUUGUACUUUAUAUGCUAUCAAUUGCUGAAUAUUUUGCAGAAAUUGCGGUAUACAAUUAACUAUGUCUACUUUUGGUAUUCUCUACUUUAUUUGGCAUCACGAACGACUGGUGUCUUUCUCCAUGCCGCAUCGAUUAACGAUGAAGCAGCAAAACCUUUGAAAAUACUUCGAGCAGUUCCCAGUCGGAAUUGGUGCAGUGAGAUUGAACGAUUCACGGAUCAGAUUACCACGCAACGUGUUGCAUUAUCUGGCAUGAAAUUUUUCUAUUUAACCAGGAAAUUAUUCUUUGGAAUGGCGGGCACGAUAGUCACAUAUGAACUUGUGUUGCUGCAAUUCGACGAUCCAAAUCCAAAUCUUAAGCCUUUGUGUGGAUGAAGCCAGAAACACUGGACAACCGUUUCAAUAAUUUUAUAAUGAAUGUUUU